AUGGGCAAGAAAACAAGCACCACCAAGAGCAAGGCAUUCAACGGACUAGGCAACCUCAUCAGGCACCUUCCGACCGGAACCGUCUUCUUGUACCAAUUCCUCAGUCCUGUUUUGACGAACAACAGCCAGUGCCGCCCCAUUAACAAGUACCUAAGUGCCCUACUAAUCGGAGUUUGUGGCCUUUCGUGUAGUCUUGCUUGCUUCACCGAUAGCUACAAGGGAAGUGAUGGGGAGACCCACUAUGGGUUUGCCUCGGCCAAGGGCCUCUGGCCUAGCUCGAGCUCCGGUGAUUCUGUUGACUUGUCGAAGUAUAAGCUUCGGUUCGGAGAUUUUGUCCAUGCUUUCUUUUCGGUGAUUGUUUUCGCAGUUCUUGUGUUGUUGGACACGAACACUAUGAGGUGCUUCUAUCCGUCUUUCGAGAAUACAGAAAAGACUUUGCUCAUGAUCUUGCCAACCAUGAUCGGCACGGCCGCAGGUGCAGUGUUCAUGUUGUUCCCAACCACACGCCACGGAAUUGGGUAUCCUUCGAGUGAGACUAAGACUAACUCGGAGACUAAUUCUUCCUCGCAGAGCAAAGUCUAG